AUGGACCAUCGUGCCCAACUGCGCGAAGCCUUCGUGCGUGGUCAACUGGAAGCUGUUCAGAAGGCAAUCACCAAAAACGAGGUUCCGUUGAAGCCGAAACAUGCGAGAACAAUUAUAGUCGGAACUCACAAAGAGAAAUCUUCUGGAAUAUUCUGGCAUACUGUCGGAAGGAUUCAGCUGGAGAAACAUCCGGUGUUAACAUGGAAAUUCUGUCAUUUGGUCCAUAAAAUGUUGAGAGAUGGAUAUCGAAAAGUGCCAGAGGAGACUUAUCGAUUCGUCAACCGUUUCACUCAACUAUCUCAGUUCUGGAAGCAUCUAAAUACAUCGGGCUAUGGUCCUUGCAUUGAAGCUUACUGUAAACUUAUUCAUGACCGUGUCGUCUUCCAUAACAAAUAUCCAGUUGUUCCUGGAAAACUAGACGUCAAUGAUUCUCAAUUGAAAACUUUAGAAGGAGAUUUGGAUAAUAUGUUCGAGAUGACAAUUGAUAUGUUGGACCAAAUGGAUGCAUUGCUCAUGCUUCAAGAUAGAGUAUUCGAAAUGAUGAAUUCUCUUCGCUGGAACUCUCUAAUCCCGCAAGGACAAUGUAUGCUCUCCCCACUGAUUAUUGCUGUUUUGGACACUAGCAAAUUCUAUGAUUACCUUGUUAAAAUGAUCUUCAAACUGCACAGCCAAGUACCACCGGAUGCUUUGGAAGGGCAUCGUUCUAGAUUCCGAAAGAUUUUUGAGCGGACAAAGAAAUUCUACGAAGAGGCGUCUGCCUUGCAAUACUUCAAGUAUUUGGUGUCGAUUCCUACGCUUCCAUCGAAAGCACCAAACUUCCUCCAACAAUCCGAUCUUGAGUCCUACCGUACCCCACAUGCCUAUCUUCAUUCUGAGGGUUCAGAAGACGGAACUUCUCUGAAUGGACAUGACGGAGAGCUUCUGAAUCUGGCGGAAGAAGAACCACAGCAAGCAAGUCCAUCUAGUUUACCAGAUCCACGAGAAGAGCAAAUUGUCAUGUUGACAAGGGCUGUGGAGGAUGAGAAGUUUGCUAAGGAGAGACUCUUGCAGGAGGCCCGCAAUCGCAUUGAACAAUACGAAAAUCGCCUGCUUCAAAUGCAAGGAGACCUAGAUCACGCGAAAAGAGAAGCUGAUGAGAAUCGGGAGGAGUCGACUAGAAUUAAGAACGAGCUCGCUCUCCGUGACGCCUCCAAAAUUCAAUCGGACGAUGCACAAGUCAAACAAGCCGAAGCCAAAGCCACAGCAGCAGAGGAGAGAUUCCAGAAGAUGAAGGGAGUCUACGAUAAAUUCAGAAGUGAACACGUCGUCGCACUGACGAAGUUGGGCGAUCUUCAGAAGCAAUUAGAUGCUAGUGAAAAGGCAAAGUUUGAUAAGGAAGAAGAGAUCACCGCGUUGAAUAGGAAGGUAGAAGAAGCACAGAGAGAAACUGGAAGAGCCUUGUCGAAAGCAGAAGGAGAUGCUGGAGCUGUGGAUGAAAUGAGAACUCAGCUGGCUAAAGCUGAUAUAGAAGUCGAGGAGUUAAAGAGGACAAUCGACCAUCUCCGUGAGAAACACGCCAACCAGCUGGUUCAGUCGUCUGCCGAGGAGGCCAAUAAGAUCACUGUUGCCCGGCAAGAAGUAGCGAAAGAAUCCGGUGUCGGAAUCACGAAGAUGUUUGAUCACUGUGAGGAGGAGCUUCAGAAUGCCACAUCGAUAACGUAUCCGCCACUUGACAACACCAUCCCAAUUUCAGACCUCGCCCAAGCCGCCAUGACCAAUCUCAUCUCAAUCAUCUCCUCGGAUCGUCUUGACGAACCUCUGGCCGCCCGUGACACGUCUUCGCUGGUCAUGUCUUAUCCACUACGCUCUCAUCCGCUGCUUCAGCUGCCUAUACUGCCAUGUAAGAAGAUUCUCGCAACUGCUAAAAUUGCCUUUGCCGAUGAUAGUGCACUGUCGAGAGCUGAGAAAAUGAACGUACUAAGGGAGGAUGUGAAGUCAUUACUGAAAAAUUUUCAGACCCUCAACACACUUAUCGUCUCUCUUCCCUUGGCGACAGAUAUCGAUAAAGAAGUCGUUGGAAGUGAGCUGGAACAAGAAAUGCGGCGAAUGGAUGAUGCGAUCCGUCGGGCGGUGCAGGAGAUCGAGGCGAUUCAGAGGAAAGCACGAGAAAAUUCAGAUGGUAUCCGACUCGAAGUUAAUGAAUCAAUUUUGGCCAAUUGUCAGGCAUUGAUGUCGGUUAUCAUGCAGCUGGUGGCGGCUUCUCGAGAGCUACAGAUCGAAAUCGUUGCGGCUGGAAAACAAGGUGGCUCCCCGGCAGAGUUCUACAAACGGAAUCAUCAAUGGACCGAAGGAUUACUAUCAGCGGCCAAAGCAGUUGGAGUUGCUGCUCGUGUCUUGGUGGAAUCCGCUGAUGGAGUUGUCACUGGGAAAGGAAAAUUCGAACAUUUGAUUGUGGCAGCACAAGAAAUCGCAGCAUCGACAGCGCAACUGUUCGUGUCGAGUAGAGUCAAGGCUGAUAAGGAUUCGUCCAAACUGGAAGCCCUUUCGAUCGCCUCAAAAGCUGUCAACCAGAAUACUGCUCAAGUCGUCGCAGCAGUCAAGAACGGCCAAACAACGUUGAAUGACGAUGGGAACUCUCUAGACUUCUCGUAUCUAUCUCUGCAUGCUGCUAAAAAAGAAGAAAUGGAGUCGCAAGUGAGAAUGUUGGAAUUGGAACAGAGUCUCAAUCAGGAGAGAGCGAAAUUGGCGGCGCUUCGCAAACAGCAUUAUCAUAUGGCACAGCUGGUUGCAAAUAAGGAAGACGAAUCCGAGGAAUAG